AUGAAGACGGAGGUGAGUUUCUUGUGCAGCUACGGUGGCCAGAUCAAAUUCCACGAUCGAAACAACCAAUACUUGUACGAAGGAGGUAAUAACAAGAAAUUCCACGUCCGCAGCAGCAUCAAUUUCAAUGACAUGAUCGCCGAGCUCUCCGCCAUUAGUGGCACCGCUGACGUGGCCUACUUCAAGUACCAGAUCCCAGGGUACGGCCUAGAAACCCUCCUCAGCAUCACCAACGACAGAGACCUCCGCAACCUGAUGCGGGACUUCGAUCCAAACACACCCAACAACGUCAAGCAUAUCUUCCUCUUCUCCGAGGAAAAUCCUUCACCCUCUCCUCCUCCUCAGCAAGUUGCUGAGAACGCAUCCGAGCUGGAAGCAGGUGCUGGUCCGCGUGUGGUGUUCACUGCUUGA